CCACUGCCAUGAAACGUCUGUGGGUCGCGGCGCUGCUGCUGCUGUGUGUGUGCCAUGUGGGGGCCGCGGCCGUGCCCCAAACCGAAGACCCCCCGGAGAGCCCCCCAGACACCACCACCCUCCUGAGCCGCCACUUCCAGACCCUGAGCGACUUCAUCACCAAAGAGCUGCCCCAGCGCCUGCGGGCGGACGAGAUCCAGCAGCAGGCCAAGGCUUAUGCUGAGCGUGCAGAGGUGCAGCUGAGGCCUUUGGCUCAGGAGCUACGCAGCAACGUGCUGGGGCUGUUCUCCUCCCUUCUGGAUUUGGGGAAAAUUGGAGGCACGGAGAAGGACCGAGCCCCAUAGGAAGGGGGACCGAGCCCCCAUAAGAAUGGGGCUGAGCCCCACAGUGAUGAUACGGGGGGAAUAAAGCAUGGAGCUGCUGUGGA